AUGGCUGAAGCGAUGAACAUUGGAGAAAAACUGCAGCAGAUGGCGGAUAAUGAAGCCUGCUCUGCAGAAAGGGAGAUGACAGGAAAAAGAGAUGGAGAAGAGAUGGGAUAUGGGGAGAUUAUAAGACAGGCAGAAAGAAAGACGAAAUGGAAAGAUGGAGAAGGGGGAUGGAGAGGAAAGGAGGGAGGAAAAGAGAGAGGAGGAAGAAGGGAAGGUGAGAGAGAGCGAGGAAGAGAGACAGAGAAUCUUAGAGGCAGUCAGAUAGAGAUGGAGAGGAAAAGACAUGGAUGGAUAGACUUAAAUAGAGAGACAGACAGAAACAUAGAUGCAGAGACAGAUGACCUGGAGAGAGACAAACAGAGACAAAUAAACAAGAGACAGAUGGAAACAGACACAGAUAGAUUUAGAGAGAGCCAGAGAAAGAUAGACUGA